AUGAGUGCUCCGCAGCCCAACGACGCCGAGAAGAACAUUGAGAUAUGGAAGGUCAAGAAGCUGAUCAAGCGCCUUGAAGCCGCGCGCGGCAACGGCACCAGCAUGAUCUCGCUCAUCAUCCCGCCCAAGGACCAGGUCUCGCGUAUCUCCAAGAUGUUGGCUGAAGAAUUUGGUACUGCCUCCAACAUCAAGUCGCGCGUCAACCGCCUGUCCGUCCUGUCCGCCAUUACCUCGACCCAGCAGCGCUUGAAGCUCUACUCCAAGGUUCCGCCCAAUGGCUUGGUCGUCUACUGCGGUGAAAUCAUCACCCAGGAAGGCAAGGAGCGCAAGAUCAACAUCGACUUUGAGCCCUUCAAGCCCAUCAACACGUCGCUGUACCUUUGCGACAACAAGUUCCACACCGAGGCGCUGAGCGAGCUGCUCGAGUCGGACCAGAAGUUCGGCUUCAUCAUCAUGGACGGAAACGGCGCGCUCUUCGGCACCCUGUCCGGCAACACCCGCGAGGUUGUCCAGAAGUUCUCCGUCGACUUGCCUAAGAAGCACGGCCGUGGUGGUCAAUCCGCUCUGCGUUUCGCCCGUCUGCGUGAGGAGAAGCGUCACAACUACGUCCGCAAGGUCGCCGAGUUGGCCGUGCAGAACUUCAUCACCGCCGACAAGGUCAACGUUGCCGGUCUCAUUCUGGCCGGUUCCGCCGACUUCAAGAACGACCUGAACCAGUCGGACCUGUUCGAUCAGCGUCUGCAGGCCAAGGUCAUCAAGGUCGUCGAUGUUUCCUACGGUGGUGAGAACGGCUUCAACCAGGCCAUCGAACUGGCCUCGGAGACGCUCAGCAACGUCAAGUUCAUCCAGGAGAAGAAGCUCAUCAACAAGUACUUCGAGGAGAUUUCUCAGGACAGCGGCAAGGUCUGCUACGGUGUCGACGACACCCUCAAGGCCCUGGAGCUCGGUGCGGCCGAGAUCCUGAUUGUCUACGAGAAUCUGGAGAUUACCCGCUACGCCCUCAAGUCCUCGGCGGGCUCCGAGGUCGUCCUCCACCUUAACAAGCUGCAGGAGGAUGACCGUACCCAGUUCAUGGACAAGGAGACUGGUCAAGAGAUGGAAAUCAUCGACCAGAUGCCUUUCCUCGAGUGGCUCGCCGAGAGGUACCGCGACUUUGGUGCCACUCUCGAGUUCGUUUCGGACCGUUCCAGCGAGGGUAACCAGUUCGUCAAGGGCUUUGGUGGUAUAGGUGCCAUUCUCCGCUACAAGGUCAACUUUGAACAGCUUGCCGAUUACAGUGACGAGGACGAAUUCUACGAUGGUAAGCUCUUCCGCGGAAAAGAAAAUUAG